GCCAGUCCAGCAGGCCUGGUGUCCCUCACAGCCAGGGACGCAGCCGGAGUCGUCAGCUACGGGCCGGGGCUGAUCGAGAGGCGCCCCCGCGGAGCCAUGGUGCGGACCACAGACGACCUCCACUUCCAGCUCCCAUCCCACGCGCAGGACAUGCUGGCCGGCCUGCUGCAGCUCCGCGCGCAGCCCAAGCUGGCCGACGUCACCUUGCUGGUGGACGGCCAGGAGCUGCCCUGCCACCGCGGCCUCCUGGCACUCAGCAGCCCCUACUUCCACGCCAUGUUCACGGGCGACUUCGCCGAGAGCUUCUCGGCACGCGUGGAGCUGCGGGACGUGGACGCGGCUGUGGUGGGGCAGCUGGUGGACUUCGUGUACACGGGCCGGCUGACGGUGACGCAGGCCAACGUGGAGGCGCUGACCCGCACGGCCGCGCGCCUGCACUUCCCGGCCGUGCAGGAGGUGUGUGGCCGCUACCUGCAGCAGCAGCUGGACGCCUCCAACUGCCUGGGCAUCUGGGAGUUCGGGGAGCAGCAGGGCCUGCUGGGGGUGGCCUCCAAGGCCCGGGCCUUCCUGCAGGAGAACUUUGAGGCCGUGGCCCAGGAGGACGAGUUCCUGCAGCUAGCCCCCGACCGCCUGUCCACGUGUCUGACCAGUGACCUGCUCCAGGCGCAGCCAGAGCAGAGCCGUCUGGAGGCCCUGCUGCGCUGGGCACGCCACGACCCGCAGGCCCGGGCCCAGCACCUGCCCCCGCUGCUGAGCCUGGUGCCCCUGGACGCACUGCCCACACCCUGCGUGCAGCAGCUGCUGGCUACGGAGCCACUGAUCCGAGCGUCGGAGGCCUGCCAGGCUGCCCUGUCGCAGGACCACGGAGGGGAGCUGCCGGCGCUCCUGCAGAAGCUGGAGGAGGUCCUGGUGGUGGUGGGCGGCCGUGCACUGGAAGAGGACGAGGAGGGCACCCAGGAGCCUGCUCCCCACCUUGGCAACUUCGCCUUCUAUCACCCCAAAGCCAAGAACUGGAUGGCGCUCCCUGACUUCCCCGACUACCACAAGUGGGGCUUCUCUGUGGCGGCGCUCAACAACCAGAUCUACGUCACAGGCGGGUCCCGCGGCAGCCGCACCGACACGUGGUCGAGCGCCGAGGCCUGGUGCUUCCCGCUGCAGGAGGGCGCGUGGCGGCCCGCGGCGCCCAUGCUCAAGGCCCGCACCAACCACACGAGCGCCGCGCUCAACGGGGAGAUCUACGUCGUGGGCGGCACCACCCUGGACGUGGUGGAGGUGGAGCGCUACGACCCCUACACGGACGCCUGGACCCCCGUCAGCCCCGCGCUCAAGUACGUCAGCAACUUCUCCGCCGCCGGCUGCCGCGGCCGCCUCUACCUGGUGGGCUCCAGCGCCUGCAAGUACAACGCGCUGGCCCUGCAGAGCUACCACCCCGCCACAGACUGCUGGAGCGUGAUCGCGUCGCCCUUCCUCCCCAAGUACGUGUCGUCUCCGCGCUGCGCGGCGCUGCACGGGGACCUCUACCUGCUCGGGGACAACAGCAAGAAGGUCUACGUGUACGACCCCGGGGCCAACCUGUGGCAGAAGGUGCCGCCCCUGCACAGCCUGCACGAGAACGGGGCACUGGUGCCCUUGGGUGACCGGCUCUACGUGACCGGGGGCCGCUGGCAGGGCCUGGAGGGCGACUACCGCGUGGAGAUGGAGGCCUACGACCGCGGGCGCGGCGUCUGGGUGCGCCACGGCGCCCUGCCCCGCCUCUGGCUCUACCACGGCGCCUCCACCGUCUUCCUGGACGUCUGCAAGUGGACACAGCCCUUCCGGGCCCGCCAGGAGCCCUGAGUGCCGAGCCCCCAUACCGCCCCUGCAGCCUGACCCCCCCCUUUUCCCUGUGCUUGCUCCCCUGCCCCGCCCGUGAGGACUUGAGAGAGCAGUGGUCAGGCUCUGCAGCUGCUGGCCCUCGCCGCAAGACCAGGGGCGGGGCUGAAAGGCCUCUGGGCGUGUCCAGAUGCCCGUGGGCGGGGCUAGAUGUCCAGGGGCGUGUCCAGAUGCCCGUGGGCGGGGCUAGGAGCAUCGUGGGCUGUGGCCAGAGGCCCAUAGGUAGGGCUAGAGACCAGGGGCGGGACUGAAAGGUCUCUGGGCGUGUCCAGAUGCCCGUGGGUGGGGCUAGAGAGGUCCAGGGGCAUGUCCAGAUGCCCGUGGGUGGGGCUAGAGAGGUCCAGGGGCAUGUCCAGAUGCCCGUGGGCGGGGCUAAGAGCAUCGUGGGCUGUGGCCAGAGGCCCAUAGGUAGGGCUAGAGACCAGGGGUGGGGCUGAGGCGUCUGAGGCUUCAGAGAGCCAGGAGAACUUUUGUGAGGAGCCUCCCCACAGGUGCCCUUUUGAGGACUGCACCAAAGGAGAUAGCACUGAGCUGCACCUAGGUGUUGGCGAGGGUGGGCCCCUCUACCUUCUGCCGGCAACGGCUGCAAAGGCUGCUCGGACUCGGUGACGACCCCCGGAGGGCGGCACCCACAGACACGCUAGGAGGGAGGAGGUUCUUCUGUCUGUGGGGGCUGGGAGUGAGGGUCGGCAAAGGCUCCCGGGAGGGGUGCAGGAAGGGGUGCUCCGCCAGGAGCCCCGUUUCCUGAGCAAUUUGCUUCCAUUAACGUCCUGCGGGCUCAAAGAUUUCCUGGGCGGGGGCACCCGCUGGACUUCAAGGCACGGCCACUGCACUGGGACCGAGGGCCAGAGGUCCCGGUCCUCCCCACCUGGGCAGGACCAGGGGGACCCCAUCAGUGUCAGAGCCCAGCCCUGCUCUCUACCCCACACGGGGCUGCAUGAGUGAAUGUGGGGUCGUGAAAAUUUUCAGGAUGUGUUUGGA